GUGGCCAAGACUGUGCACUAUGGACAGAGAGGGUGUGGCCAUAGUAACGGCUGCUGGGUUUCACCUGAGAGCAUAAUAAGCAGGUACUCCAGUCGGGCAGCACUGACGGGCCUGGGAGGCCAAACUUCUGUCAAACUUUGGAUUGUUUCUUCAGUUUUAAGGGUCAUAAUGGAGCUGGUGUUCACAACUGUGAGGCUAAAGGUGGCUCUGCUGUUUGUGCUCACGAUCCAGCUGAGGACAGACGCGAGCGAGGCGAUGCAGAUCACAUCCUCGGGGCCGCAGACCAUCCAGAAACCUGUGGGGGUGACGGUCAACCUGGGGUGCACGUACACGCCCAGCCCGCAGGACACGGGACAGCUGGACAUCGAGUGGGUCGACCUCAGCCCGGACAUGACGCAGAAGGACAAACUGAUCUUAUCCUACGCAGGCGGACAGACGCACCAGUACGGCGACGCCAGCGUCUCCAGGAGGAUCAAGUUCAUCGGGGACCCGAAGCAGGGAGAUGCCUCCAUCUCUCUCUCAGAUCUGAAGAUCACAGACACGGCCACAUACCAGUGUAAAGUCAAGAAAUCACCGGGUGUUGACAUGCGGAAAGUCACUCUGGUGGUGAUGGUUCCCCCGUCGGCGCCAAAGUGUUGGGUUGAAGGUGGCGAGGAAAAAGGCGGCACCGUCUCCCUCCACUGUGAAUCCUCGCAAGGAUCCAGUCCUCUCUCCUACGUAUGGACGAGGGCAACCGGAGGUGUCAUACCGCCCACCGCAACCCAAGACCCACAGUCUGGCGUUCUGUUGAUAAAGAACCACACAGACAGCAACGCUGGGCGUUACGUGUGCGAAGCGAAAAACGCCGUCGGCACGGCUCAGUGUAAAUAUGAGCUGCACGCGUACAACCCGACUAAUAAGGUGGGUGUGAUCGUCGGGGCGGUGAUCGGCGCUCUGCUGCUUCUGCUCCUCCUGCUGUUUCUCAUCUGGCUCCUGAUCUGCUGCUGCCACAAGCGCCGCUACGAGAAAGAGAUCUCCAACGAAAUACGAGAGGACACCGCGGCCCCGGAGAGCCGCCCCGGCAGCAGGGCCUCCAGCAUCCGCUCGGUGCUGGGCUACCGCACGCACCACGGCGUGAUCUACAGCUCGGUGAGGAAGCCGCUGCAGAGUGUCAUCUACACGGGAGGGAAGAACGGCACGCCAACCGCCACCGGAACCACAGCGGCACCCCUCCAGUACGACCAUAAAUACGGAUACGCGGUGUAGCCGCAGUCAGGACUAUGCCGAGUAUAAAAAAUGAAGAAUUCUAGACUUAUUGAGAUGAGAGUCUUGUAAAUAAUAAUCUUAUGUACAGUAUGCUUGUGACAAAUGGUGCAAUACAAUAUAUUUAAAUGGAGAACGACCAGGGAUAAUCUGACCUCAGCCGUUGUGCAAGCGUAGCACAACAGCGCUGUUGUAAUUCUUAUAAUCACAGUCACUUUUUACACAGAUGUAACCGUUUUUUUUAAAUGUACAAAGUCUUAAAGUCUGUGGUUUUCUUAGUUAUUUUAAAGAUUCAUGACCAAACAGAAUAGAACAACAUCUCUCAGGAUGAUGCAGCGCUGUUAUCUUUCCCCACCCACCCCAAAAAAAAAACAGGUCAAGCUCAGUUAUAAGUGAGUUGUAUUUUUGUCCUUUUUUUUAUGACAUCAUAUAAAAGCAGUUAAAAUAUCUCGGCGAGUGGACCGUCAUGUGCUAAGAUGGUUGAUGUUUUCACAUCAGGCAGAGAGGAAACAGGAUGUUGCCAAAGAUGAAUUUAAACGCGAAGUGAGCCGCUACUGGCAGACGAAAAGUCAAUUUCUCCAUGUGAUCCUCUUGCGUGAAUUUGCCUUUGGGAUAUUUUUUUGACAGAACAAAACACUGUU